UGGUUAUCUUGUGACUCUGAUAAUCUGACCUCCAAUUGAUCUAUAUAUUGGUAUUAAUAAAUCACAGGUUUAGAACGAAGUUCGGCAUCACAGUGCUUUAUACAACACGUAGCAAUUGGGAGUACUAAUCAAAAAAAGGCUUUUACAAAAAAAAUAUGGCUUGCCAUAACAGACAUUUAGAGAGGCAGGCGAAUAAAGCACACAGGCAAGAGAUGCGCCAUGAGAGGAAAGAGGACCGCCUUCACGCCAAAGCAAUGAAUGCGGCAUUGCAUGGGAACAUAGGGAGAGCUGCUGCAUUGGAGGCUAAAGCCAACCACCAAAGUAACUUAGCGACACAGGCCCACCACAGAGGACAUGCAUUGGAGCAUGCGGCACAUCCGCACCAUUUCGGCCCAGGACACCAUCACCACUAUAGACCAGGGUGUCCACCUCCCCUCGGCUCUGUCACAGUUACCACAACCUACCCUGCAGCCCCAAAUGUAAACUACCCAACUGGUACAGCUAUGCCCCCACCAGCAGGCGCGGUACCUCCCCCUACAGGUUACCCAGGAACUGCCCCUGCCUACCCAGGAGCUGCCCCUGCCUACCCAGGAGCUGCCCCUGCCUAUCCACCUCAGCAAUACCCUACCCAACAAUAUCCUAACCCUUAUGGUCAGCCACCUCCAUACGGACCACCACGAUAAUUGAGAAAACAUUUGUACAUAACCAUCGGAUAUUGUAAGAUAAUAUAAAUAGGAAUGGGUUGAUGCAUAUUUAUAUACUGUACAAAAAGUAGCUUGAUGUCACAAAUGAACGAAUUUGGAAACGGUGAUUAAUAUUGAAUACAUUGUUCUCAACAUAUUUGCUGACAUGAGCUGGAAAAGCUGCUGCAAAGUCAUGGACACAUGAUCAACUCAUGGACACAUAGUCAAGUCAUUGACACACGGUCAUAACAAUGACACAUGAUCAACUCAUUGACAACUUAUUAGAAAUAAUCAACCCAUCGAUUCAUAGUCAAGUCAUGGACACAUGGUCAUAUCAUUGACACAUAAUCAAGUCAUCUUCAUUAUGAAAGCAAAGAUAUCAAUUUAUUGAUAAAUGGGAUUUCUAGUUAUUACAG